GCGGCAAAACGGAGGGAAAUUUAAAAAGUCCGGACUGUUUAGCAAGUGGUGAAAAGCUAACUUUUAGUCAACCAGAGAUAAACAACUGUUUUUAAUUUAAGUAAACACACCGAGAGACUUAAAGAGAAGUGUAUGAGUAUGUAUGAUUAGUUUGGAAACAUUACCAUCUUACUAUGGAGACACAUCACGAUCAGAUUUUAGACUCACCCUCCAAAAACAGUUACAUUGGGAGCUACUACCGGCCUUCAGAGAGGAUACAAUCAGUAUCAAGACAGCUGGAGCUUCCUGCUCAUUCUUCUGUCAGCUUGGACCAGACUCCCAGGCGUCUGUCUCAAACAACACGUAAUAUUGACAGUAAAGCUGUUGUUGAUGCCCUUAAGACCCUCCAGGAGAAAAUUCAGCGAUUGGAGCUGGAGAGGAAGCAAGCAGAGAAGAGCUACCUUCAGUUUUCACAUGAUGCUCAAAAGCACCAGCAAGUCACAGCAUCACAUAGUCAACCAGCAGCUAGCCGGCUUGCAGCAGAUACCACCGUCAAGAGAGAGCUUGACUCAAAACUGCAGUCUGCAGAGGCUCGCUGUAAGGUUCUUGAGAAGCAGCUGGACUACAUGAGGAAAAUGGUCGAAAAUGCCAAAAACAAUCGCACUGCUCUAAUGGAAAACCAGGCUUCACUGCAGAGCCAGCAGACAAACAGCUCAAGCAACCCAACUCAGCGAGAGAAGCUGGAGAAACUUGAAUCUGAGUGUCUCAGACUGAACAGAACCCAAACUCUUGCAGAGAUGAAACUUGCCAUUUUGGAGCAGAAGCUGCUAAAAGAAGAGCAUGAACGGAAGCUAGUGCAGGAGAAGGCAGAUGAGCUGCAGAGGGAGUUAGACGUCAACCUACGACUGUCUGUGCCAACUAAUGAAGAAACAAAGUCAAAGAAGAAGACAAAAAAGUCAACAAAGAAAACCUCUGAACAGAGCAAGCUGGAAACAGGCAGCCCAAAACACCAGAAAAUGCCCUUUGUGGCAGGAACAUCAACAAGUCCAAGCCAUUCAGUCCACGCCAAUGUUCAAAGCAUCCUUCACAUGAUGAAGCACCAUCAGCCUAAGCUGUGUAAACAAGUGAGCGCCCUGCACAGGUCUGGAUUUGGAGCCAGAAAAAGCCUUCACAAGGAAUUUUCUACAUCUUCCACGGCUUUCCAGAAACCUGAUGGUCAAUCUGUGGAUCAGUCACUGAACUUGCUAUCCGACCUGCUUUUGGCUCUUCAGGAUGAGCUCGGCCAGAUGAGUUUCGAGCAUCAGGAAUUGGAGCAUCAGAUAGAUUCAACUCAAGAUCAGGAGCAGAAGGAGGACCUGCAGAGAGACCUGGAGCGGUUAGUCGCCCGGAUGGAGGAGAAGGGAGCUCAGAUCUUGAAGCUCCGCAAACACCAGCAGACGGUCCAUAGACUGACCCAGAGUCAGUCACUUGAUGAGGAACGCACAGCCAAGAAGCUGAGUGGGAUGCAGCCACCAGCUCCCUCCCCUGUUAAGACACAACAGAAAGGAAAGAAAGGUACAGCUGCUCCAAAUAAUUUGCAGCUUCUCAGAGAGACCCAGAAGUUCAGAAACAGCCUAAAACAAGACGACCUGUCCUGGGAAACAUGAGCUUCUCUACAAGACCGUUCUUUAUGAUACCACAGCUGGAUUAAUCACAAGACUCACCCUGGUUCCCUGCUGCCUGUUUUCCUCAUCUUUAAACAGCUUGAGAGCUUUUUUUUUUUUUUAGCAAGAAAUCAAAGAUGGAAUAAAGUACUUUACAAGGGACUCAUGUAUUGUUAUAAAACCUAGUGUUUUCUAGACAAAGAUAUUGCACUUAUCAGGCCACUCGUGUCAUAGUUUGUAAGCCAUGGCUCAAAGAAAAUCUCACUUCAAAUGAAACUCGAUUAAAUUACUUUUUUUUUUUUUUUGUAUUUUUUUUAAUAAAGAAAUUUCUUUUUCAACA